AUGGAAGUUGAAUUGGCGAAAUGCGAGUGCUGUGGGCUGACGGAGGAGUGCACGGCGGGCUACAUCGAGCGGAUCCGCCGCCGAUUCGCCGGAAAAUGGAUCUGCGGUCUCUGCUCGGAGGCGGUUCAAGACGAGAUUCUCAAGUCCGGCCAACUUAUCACCACCGCCCAAGCCAUGGCCAACCACAUGAGCUUCCGCAGCAAAUUCGCCGCCGCCGGACCGCCGCCGGACCCGACGCCCCAUCUCAUAGCGGCGAUGACGCAGAUCCUCCGCCGCAGUCUGGACUCUCCGACAAUCCGCCGCCGCUCUCUCGCUCCAUCCCGCACCUCUUUCACUUCUCUCUCUGGUUGA